CUCCGGCUUCGCAACGGCAGCAACUGUCAUCCACAACAAGUCAAGGUACGACGACAACAACAACAACAGCUUCCUCAGCCGGUGACACAUCCAGAAUUGUCAGUACCACGGCGAACCUCGCAUUUUCAUCUCCUCAGACGACUUUGUCAUCCACAGUCGUAAUCGUGACGACGAACAGCGCGGGCCAAACGACUACGAGCACCCCCUCUGUUGUCACUGAGCUCAUAACAACAACAGGCAGUAAUGGCGCCACCAGCGUCGUGACCAUCUUGGCGAAUAAUCCAACGCCGAUAAAUAGCGAUGCAAAUCACACCGGUGCAUCACAGUUUUUCACCAACAAAGGCGCUGUCGCCGGGGUUUUUCUUAUCGUGGGCCUUGCCGCGGCGUCCAUUGUCCUGUUCUUGUUCUUUUUCAUUAGGAGGCGGAGACGCAAUCGCCGCCUUGAGUACGACACAGCUGUUGCUUCGACGCUCGCUGCAGCGGGACUCAACCGUACAGCAUUGGAUGGCGAUGAUGACGAUGACAGGCCCAUGACCCAGAGGCAUCGUUCCACACCCAGCGCAGCGACGCGCACCAUGAGCUCCCUGCCAUCACUUGGCGGCCAACAGCAGCCGUAUAGGGACGACCCUGUUGGGCCUAGGCAAGACUUCGACCCAUACGCGGCGUAUGCCGCCGUGGCGCCACAGACACCGCCGCAGAGCGCGCGAAGAGACGGCUACUUCCCCGCGCGGACGAGCAGCCCGCCCCCUGGUGGCCAUGUACACAGCCCUAGCGCGAGCUCGAUGGGGCAUGCGGUGGGACAUACAGCGAGGGAAAGCGCUGGCAGCUUCGAGCCGCUGCUCGCUGCGGGUGGUAGCGGGUCUCAGCCAUCGACCCCUGGAGCCAUUGCACCGUCCAGCAGCAUGGGCCCACCGCUGAUCCCGCCUAGGAGUCCCAAGCGGAACGCUGGUCCUCCGACGGACGAAGGACACGUCGCCGGCGCCGGAUUGCGAGACUCGGCCAGCUCGGUGUACUCGGACGUCGACGAGGGUGGUGACCAAUUGGUAGACCUGACGCCACGACAGCCGCUCGAGGUGCGCAAUCUACCAGACGGACAGCGGCCCGGCGCGGACAUUUCACGAGAGCCGACAAGGCGUACGGUCGCCCGAUGAGCGGCGCGCCGUAUGAUAUUUGACACUCUUAUGCUCCUUUUUCUCAGCGUAGGUACAUCCAUUGCAGACUCUGCUCGUUCUAUGUAUAUAUAUAUUCCCUCCCCUCUUGCUCUACUCUCACUCGUCCACAUGCUUUAGAUGUUACUCUGUUAUCACCCAAUUCCUCGGGCACAUGCUUUCAAUAUCCUCGGCACUCAUUCGCAUUGACUUUGCAUCGAUGGCUUUGGACCCGGGAUGGACUAUUACCUCACAUUUUCCC